AAUGGAUCACAAUGCUUUGAAGCAGUUGAAAGACACGGGAGUUUCCAUGGUCGAUAAUGAUGUCAUCGCCGCAUUGGCCAACUACGCAAGACACCAGGACAUCAAUACUUUCUGCAUACGCGAUGCUCACAGGAUCAUGCAAACACUCCCCCUAAAGCGCCAGUUCCACCUUUUAAACUUCAGCCUGCCACAGAAGCCGGCCAACAAUCGGCUGCCACCAAGCACCCUCCUACCGCAGCCGGGCCUCCAUGAUUCAGCACCAAUUGGAUCCGGCUUGCCAGCGGUGAAGGCAUCCUCAAUCACCGGGUUCGACGCUGAGGCAGUCGGAAGUGGAAUUUCGGUGGAAGUCACCGAACACCGCGACGUGUCCGGCCUGGCGAUGGCGUCCUCCUCCAAGUCUGGCAAACGAUCCAAGAAACCAAGGAGACGUCUCGUGACAAAAAGCAGGCGUGCUCCGCACUGGGUUCCUUCUACCACUCCUGCAACACCGUAGACGCGCUCGUCAUGCAAUCCUGCAGUGGGGUGUAGGCUUUCUUCAAGGUCACGGUGAACAAUG